CCUGUGUGUGCGGACGGAUUUGAAAAGCUUUGGUUGGUAAUGCAGACACGUGUGUCGCUUCACUGUUCGCCGUGCAUCCAGUCAUCGGAUCGUGCUCAGGCGUUAGGUACCAGCGAUCAUGGGCUUCCCAACGUUUGAUUCCAGGAAGGAAUUAGCACCGAUUCGUGAAACCGGUAGAAAGAAAUUCGAGUUCUGGAACAUGGCAGUCGUGGCUAUGAUGGCCAUUGGCAUUGGUCUUCUCCUCGCGACUUACGUCUUGGCCGGAUCUUCAACGAGGAAGAAAUCGGUCCAGGAUAGUAACGGGGCAAGCGAAAUCUCUGGCCUCAACUUCGGCCAGAAUACCACCGAUGAAAAUCUCACCCUAAUAAAUCAGAGGCUUCUGCCCAUGUCUCAGAUAUACUGCAGGAUAGAAACCAACUGCGUUGUCACCUGUUCACGCAUCCCAGCUGCUUCGAGCCCAGGAAUCAUCGCCACCGUAUUUAUGGACUCCGAAUACAAGAGACAGUGUGCAGAAAAGGAGCUUGUCGAGGAGCUGGUGUUCGAUAACUGCAGGUUUCCGGCCAACGAGCUGAGUUCCGAAUGGCUACCGAUAAAAUUUCGAUUAAGGAAAUUGACCCUGAGGCGUUGCGGACUGACGGCAAUCGACGUGGACGCGUUUAGAUCGAAGCCAUUCCAGGAACUUCGCGGCUUGGCGAUUAUCGGGAACCGGAUAAACGCCCUUCGAAAAUCGUUGUUCGAUGGCCUGACGAGUCUGGAGGAAUUGGCGAUAGUGGACAACAGCAUUGGACUGCCGGAGCCCGAGUUGCUGGUUGGAAUAGCGAACUCUCUCCGGAUUCUUCAGCUGGACAAUGCGAUCAGAGGGGAACGCACCCUGACCAAGGUAAUCGGUAGUCGUCCGCUUCGCAGGGUGAUCGUACUGUCGCUGACCAGAAAUCGUCUGCCAAAACUAUCCAGAAACAUCUUCAAAGGUGUUCCAAACGUGCAAUCGGUCCACCUUACAGACUCGGGUGUGUCGAUGAUCGAGCCCGGAGCUUUAGAUCCCUUCUCCAGAAGCAUCCGGCAGCUCUUUCUCGCUAGAAACAACCUCACCUAUCUCCCAACAAACGCCUUCAGUCGUAUCCUGAGGUCAAAUCCCAACUUCAGAGUCACCCUCGCCAACAACGACUGGAACUGUAGCUGUGGUCUCAAGUGGCUCAAGAACUUGACAACCAUCCUGAUCGACGUUCCCCGAUGCUCUAGGCCGGAUCGAAACGCGAUGCUUUCGUUCGCGGAAGCCGAUUUCUGCGAACAAUCCGACAGACCAUCGACUGCGGUUUUGGAAUCCACCGACGAGCCGGUAAACGGUGACCCAGAGUCAAUGACCUUGACCUGUGACCAGAAGGAUCAAGAAGCCGACACGAGGACGUCUAGGAGGCUCCUCUCCGUGCGAGAAUUCAUCGUCAGAACAGGAUACCCGGGGUUCUUUCUCAGCCAGGUGACAAACGGUUCGGUCCACGUUGUCGUGGGAUCGGAAGCGACCUCGUUCACCUUGGUGUGGUUCGUCAAAGACCUUGAGGACAUCGAGCCGCAAAGUGUGAAGUGCGUAACGGACGUCGCGGGUUCGGUAACGCUGACGGAACUGCAGCCUGGACUGGUCUACAUCGUCUGUCUGCUGGACACGAACAACGGCGACCUUACCUCGCCCUUCAACUGCCAGUCGAUCCAGAUGCCGAAAAAGGAGUCCGGGAGGUUGUGGCUGACGGACGAAGCCAAGACGCCGAUUAUCGGUGGACUAACGGUGGUCCUCGUAGUCGUCUGCGUUUCAGGAGCCAUGGGUUCCUACUGCAUUGUACGCCGUAACCCGCGGCUCCUGAAGGGCAGCAAGCGCAUCAUCAUGGUGAACCACAGAGCGGCGGACGCCAUCGUUCUUCCCGCGGACUGCCGUUUGGAUUCCUUGAGCAAUACCGGAUCUUUCGCUCGGGAACCCGGACCGACGGUAUCAAGUUCGCGCAGCAGCACCACCAGCUACGUAUCCGGUAUUCAACCCACCAGAAUGCAGCUUGUGUCCUGGAGGAUAGGAAGGAUCAGGGAGAUUCUGGCGUGCGAUAAUCCGAACAAGUUCAACGCCGAAAUCCCGCCGCCCCUUCCGCCUCCUCGCAACAAGUCGGUAGUACCUUCGCUUUCUCGCAGCCUUGAAGAGGCUGGAACCGGUUUUCAAGAGCGCGGAAGACCGAGAUCGGUGUCCGAUUUUCGGACGAACGAAGAAGAAGGACUGUGACUUGUUAUCGGGUGAUCGCGAGACGUUGUAUCGGUGAAGGAUGAAUGGUGUCAGGGUGCAUCGAUUGAGCGGAACGAAUCUAUCUAUCGGUUAUCACGAUCCUUUGACAAGCUGCGAGUGUUACAUCGACGUCCUUACCUAUCAGGGAUGGAUCGAUGAUCAGUUUACCCGGUUGAUCUUGCGCCAGGGCAUUCACGCUUCGCAAGCUUGCACGCUGUGUGAUUCGGCUAUUGGACUUGAUUAAUGGACCGCCAUGUGUCACAGACUAAGUGCUAGACGCGCCCCGCUAUUGUUAGGAGCGUAAAUAAGAUGCACGGGCAAUGCCAACAAUAAGACCUCGGUUUAAUCGAUGGGUGAAAAAUUUACCCUGUAAUAAUUCUGAGGUAAGAAAAAAGAGAGGAAAAUUCAUGGCGAUGGAAAUUCGAAACUGUCUUUCGGGCGUUCACGACGGCUCAAAUCAACACUCGAUUGCUAAACGUAGGUGUGUAAAACUAAUUCUCAAAAGGUAUACCAGCGGUCUAUUAAUAACGUCUAGCCGGUCACGCGACCGGGCAACGACUUCGUUAUCUGAUUGGCUAAAAGGGGGUUGCGUUAUAUCCGUUCAAGAUUGAAACCGCUGCUAGGUUAGCGAAGCUCUAUUCCACGUACCAAAGACCUCGGCAACGGGCUGCAAUUCCUUGGAAAGGAUAUCGUGCCGUUUGGCCAAUCGAACGCGAGCCGGAGAUUACAAUGCCGGUGAAUUUUCAAGCCCGAGAAUUUUGCAAACGGCUGCAACAAAUGCAGCGGCGACAUCGUCCGGUAGAAAAAUGUUCGACGGUAGUUUAUAGCGCUUUUGAAAUAUAGCGUUGUACCUGCGUCAAAACGGUCGAUUAAUAUACGAUCGCGAGUAAAUACCGCACCCACCGUUUAUAAUAAUAACUUGCAAAGUAUACGACGCGACAAUUAAUUUGUCGUUAUGAUUCCUGGGCUUGGAAAUUUGUUCGAUAUAACGAUCUGGGGAAAAUGGCGCGAAAUAAAAAUUAACUUGUAGGAUAAUCCGGCACAGAAUGAUCGAUCGUGUUUACCUAACGCUCAGAUAAGCAGCUUGACAGUUUUCGGACGAUGAGUAAACCGUUUGAAUGGAUUUUAAUCACGGGGGCUAAUCGUAAGUCCGUCAAGUCCUGCGUACAGUCAGAUAAGAAAGUUCCAGGCUCGGCGUGUUGGGAAAAAGUUAUCCUUCAAUUUUGCAACUAAAACCAGGAAUUACAGUAAAUUCGGUAACGCAACUUACGACGAAUGAAAGGAAGAAACAAAAAUCUGACGAUCUCGAGUUGUCCAAGGAACAAAUGGAC